AUGACAUCACGCCAGCGACACAGACGCAUCCCCUCCGGAGGUAGCGCUACCACUACACAGACUACCGCAUCAACUGCGUCCACGACAGUUCAGGCUCCAAACUCUACGAGGACUGGAUCCUCACAGCCUUCGUCUGCGCUUCCGUCGGUGCGUAGGACGCUAUUUAAUUCUGGGACCAACCCACGCAGUCAGCAGCUGGCAUCCAAUUCCACUUCUGUUACGCCCUCAGAUUACGGCGCUGUCAUACCAAUGGACACUAAUACAGGCUUGAGUGGAAGCACAAACCCUUUCGGAGGGCGGAGUAUAUCAAAAUCAGUACCUAAAGUCGGCACAUCUGUAUCGUCUAAUUUGGACAACGGUGAUAUUGUCCCUCGUGACAAGAAUGGAUGCUAUAAACUAGAUAUCCCUGUCCUACCGCCUGCAGAGUUCGAAGAAGCCGAUGGUGGUGACUCCAUGGAAGGCAUAGAGCACUCUGGAGGCGCUGAGAUGCCAGUUGAAGAGGGAGGAGAACUGGCUGGAAGGGACAAAGAAAAAAUUGAUGCGAGCUUCGUUGAAAUGAUGCGUCAUAAUAGGAGCAGACAUAUCAAUGGCGAACCCUCUGAAGUUUUCUUGCUGGUUCAGCAAAACCUCAGAGACAGAGUAUUAGGACUCGAGGAGGACGAUUGGAUGUUCGGAGCUGAGGAAGAAGUCAAACGAUAA